GCGUAUCAACAAUAUAUAUCCUUAUUAACGUUAGUAUUGCCUGGCACACAGUUUUUUCGGAACGCUCUUGAACAUUAGGCAGCCAACAGUAAACAUUCCGCAAAUAUGCAAGCUGCAAGUAUACUUCUUAUUGCCUUAGCCGGCACAUCGCUUCUGCUAGUUCGAGCACGAGCGGACAUUAAGCGAGAUUGUCGCCAGCAAACAAAAGUUUCUUGGGAAUCCUUGAGACAACUAAGGAAUGGCAACAUCGAACAAGACGACAUGAAAUUAAAGUGUUAUCUGAGAUGCUUUAUGGUGAAAAGUGGCAUUCUCAACGAGAACAACACGAUAGAUCUCGAAAAAGCCUUACGUCAUCUGCCACGUAGUAUGCAAGAAUCAUCGAGAAGGAUUCUCAAUCAAUGCAAAUCAAUUUCUGCGGAGAAUGCUUGCGAUAAAGCCUUCCAAAUCGCCAUGUGUUACGUUAAGGAGCAGCGGCAAAUCUUGAAAAGCGCACCGUUCAUAUGAAAUCGACAGUUACUGUGUAUUUAAGUAACACAAAGCAUCGCGUCGUACAAAGCAUUAAUGGAAAUUGUAGUAUGAAUUAGCCAGAUGUAAAAUGCUACUUAUACGAUUAAAAAGAAAAAGGAGGAAAAAGAAGUGA